ACUAAAUUGUUUAAAUUCCGAAUAUGAACUAUGAGAUUAUCUAUAAUUAAGAGAAUUAAAAUAAUAAAAAUAAAUUAUCUUCUAACAUCAAAUAUUAUUUUUAUACUUCAUUCCCUCCCCAGGUGAUGAGAUGCCAUACUGUGAGGAAAUGAAGACUAAAGCUUCUUGAGGUACACUACCCUCCUUCCUGCUGCUGUAGAUGGAGAGAAGGGAGCAUUAUAGGCUCUGAAGAUAAAAGGAGAUGAGAGAGGAAAGUAAAGUUUGAAGAAGGAACUACAGGGGAAGGUUGAAAGCAGGUCCAAGGCCAUCUCAUGAGCUUUGGUGCUCUACCACAUGUUGAGGAAUGAGUCAAACAGUAAGAGCUGUGAAUUCUUGGAACAAUCUACCAGAGAGUGUUGUGACGGCACCGAGUGUGAGCUCUUUCAAGACCAGAUUUGACCAACACUAGAGCAGGUUUAGGUGGCUUGGCAGAAAUGGCUGGAAAGGAUGAGCCCGAAUAUCUUGUGAACCAAAGUAGCCAUACUUGCUUGACAGUGGUUAGAGGCACUGGACCUGCUGAUGCUGUCCUGGCCAUGGCCAAGUGUACAGGCAGAGCCAGGCAGCAGUGGUUUGUCCAUGAGGGACAGUGGCAGUGGGGAAGCAAUCGCUCCUACUGCCUGGUGCCAGACGAUAAGGGUAGCGUAGGAUUGGCCCCUUCUGCUACCUCCCGGGUUGUUUGGACACUGGAUGCUGCUGAUAGGAUGGUUGUGGGAUCACAUGCUCUUGACGUGCCGUGGGAGAAGCCAAGAACCCGUGUUAUCAUGUAUCCUAAGCACAAUUACAGCAACCAGCAGUGGUGGACGCUGUCCAGCCUCAAGUCAUGCCUGGGGACCACUGAACACAACACAAGCCACUGCUUGCCAGAAGCCAUAGCCCAUGUAUGUCAACAUGAGACUCAAUGCUCCAAUGACCGCCACCCCCAAGAGGCUGCAGACUAUUUGAUCAGCCAGAGCACCCACACAUUUGUGACAGUGCUGAGUGGUACAGGUCCUGAUGAUGCUGUGGUGGGCUUGGCACCAUAUGAGGGCAGCAAGAGGCAGCAGUGGUUUGUGAAAGAUGGCCAGUGGCAGUGGGGAGGCAACCUUUCCUUCUGUCUCGCACCUGAUUGGAACUCGCACACCAUCAAACUCGCUUCCUGUAGCUCCAACUCUCAUUUCUGGUCCCUCGAUUCAAACGGAGUGUUUUCAUUUGAGUCAUUUGUCUUGGAUGUGCCUUGGGAACAGCCCCGAACAAAUAUUAUUAUGUACCCAAAACAUGGUGGUGAAAAUCAGAGAUGGUGGACAUUAUCUGGUCUUAAAUCUGCAUCAAAUCGCAAAAUAUAUCCAUUUUCUGCUCAGGACCAUAACAAGUACAAACAGGAAGUUGCCCGAGGAUUUAUCAACAAGCUGAGUCCUUUGUCAGAACCAAUACCCCAUACCCGUGAUGUGGAAGACUUCCCCGGCCGUGUAGCUCCCACCACACCCAGGAUCAAUGCCAACAUUCCCUUGGACAUCACCAGUUUAGGACACCGUGAGAAUCUCCGUAUGACUCUACCUGAAAACUGGAAGGCCACUGAUUUUUAUGUUGCUGCUGGUGAUGUUUUCCAUGUGAUCCUGCCUGAAACACUUUCACUUGAAAGAGCAUCACAGAUCACAGUGCGUGUUGGUGCCCAGUGUGACUGUCUAGAGCCAUCGUCAGCCAAUGUAUCGGGAAGGAAUUUCAAUCGCUUUCCACUUGUGACAGAAGAGUUUGAUGUGGAGCCUGGUGUGAAUAGCAUGCGUUGCCAGUUUGGGGGCAACUUGAUCUUCAUGUUUGAUGAAGGUGAUCAUUUCAAUAUAACAGUUGAAGUGAGGAAUGUUGUCAGAGCUCCACGAUAUAUUUUGGGACAGAAUAAUGCUUUACAGUGGCAGAAUAUGAAGCAGUUAGAUGCACCAUUCUCAAUUUUGGAAACACAUAAAGUAGUAGUAGUGGUUCCUACAAUUACUGCAAGGAACAUCACUGAUCCUCAGGGGUUACUGCUGCGAUAUGAUGAUGUGAUGAGCAAAUUAGAGUUCCUCUCUGGCUUUGACGAAACUGACCCUCCCCCACGAGGCAAGCAGUGGCUGGUUGAUGAUGUCCAAAUAAAAGCUGGGAGUGCACAUGCUGGCUUCCCAGCUAUGUUCGAUAGGUAUUGUUAUGACCUGUGCUGUCCAUCUACACCACAUGACUGGGUCACUUGGCAUGAAUUAGGUCACAACUAUCAGCAGGGAAAAUGGUGGUCAUAUGCUUAUGGAAGUGAGACAACCGUUAAUUUGUUCUCUUUGUAUAUUCAAGAAAAGCUGAAGGGUGAAGAUCGCCUGAAGAAGGAAAAUCAGUACAUGAAGACAGCAGCAGCAGUGGACAAAGGGUUAACUUUUAUAGAGGCCGAUUGCUGGCAGAAGCUCGUAUUUCUCAUGGAAAUCAAACAUGCAUUCCCCCAGUCAGGAUGGGAAAUGUUCAGACGGUUAAAUCGCACUACUCGUUCUCUGCCAUUGAAUGAAGCUAACACUUUGGCAUCCAGAACUAGUCAUCAGUAUGAUUACGUUUACAAAAUUUUGAGUCGUAGUGUAGGUUCAGAUUUAAUUCUUCACUACCAUCGUUGGGGCUUGCCCAUCAGCCAGGAGGCACAGACAGAAAUUAAGAGGCUGGAACUGCCGAUGGCACCAGCUGACUUGUCUGGACGAGAGUACUGUAGCCCAUAGGGAAACAAUGUGGCUUUGCUUAAACCACCAUGUACUUUAGGAUCUUCAUCGCUUGUAAAUCAUACAGGAACCACCGGAGAAUAAUAAGACAAAAUUAUGCUUUUAUUUACCACUACAAAGAAAUGAUGCUUGGUAUAUAUAUCCUGUCCCAGCUUUGUAUUUCAUUCAAUAUUGUUAUGGUUUAGCUUUCAUGUAGGCUGAAUUAGAUAAAUGUAAGAUGCUUAAAGAAUCCAGAAUGGAAAAAUUAUAUGACGUAAAAGAAGAAGAAAUAAUUGUGGAUACUGUAUACUGUACUGUACUGUAUACAGUAUUCAUGACUAUAGUGCCAUUUCUCUUGCAAUGGCUCUAAUUCCCUGGCUAUAUUUUUACCAGAACUUUGAUUUAUGGGUUCUUUGAAGUUCACUUUCUAAAACUUACCUUUGGUUACUACAAAUUUUAUAAAUUGAACUUGAAGUAAGACGUGGUAUGUAUACAUGCAGCAGUGACCAUACCUGAACCAUAAUGUUCAGGGGUGUUGUUGUACCAGUGAUAAAGUUACUAUGAGUUGUAGGGAUAAGAUUACCAAGCAAUCAAUCACCCAAAGUACCUGUCUCAUAUCUGAGAGUUGGCGACCACAGUCCUCCACUCUAAAUGUUUUUACCAAUCCUUUGAGAUUUUGUAUCUCUCUGGGGACCCAGUUUUGAAUAUCAUUCAUCUAUACCAGUCUCUGCCUUCCCCUGGUCCUCCAACCUUUAACUAUGCCCAUUAAUAUUUCUACUUUUAUCCCCUCAUCCCUGAUUAUAUGACCAAAGUACUGCAGCCCGUUCAACUUUUUCUAUAAAUUUCAAGUAUUCUCUUGAAAUUUCUUCCAAUCUUAGUACUUCAUAUGUUUUCCUGUCAGUGUAACUUAUUUUAUCAUUUGCCUAAAAUACCACAUUUCAAAGACCUCUAACCUCUUUCUGGUGUUAACUGAAAGUGUUCACUCUUCUGACCCAUACAACAGUCCUGACCAUACAUGGCAUUUCAGCAGCCUUUUUUCUCAAAUUGAAAUUAAUGUCCCAUUUUAUUAAGUCUCUUAGAAUAUUAAAUGUUGUUUUCCUUGACCAGGUUUAUAUUAAUAUUAAAGCUUGAAGGAAUGCUUGGCAAUCUAUGUCAUUGGUGUCUUGUCCAAUGACAGUCAGUAAUUACCCUGUGAUAGGUAAACUCUAAAGUGCUAAUGAGUAAUUACUGAAGCUUUUCACUAUAUUACUGUAGGUGUAGGUUUUACAAUAGCUUUGAGGGAAGAUUGUGAUCAUAUGAAUAAAAGUAAGAGAACUUUAGUUUUAAACAGAUACUGUAAUGCUAUAAGGCAGGCAUGGGCAACCUUUCCUCGUUCAUGGGCAGCAUUACGAUUUAGGUAUUUUUCUGUGGGUCAACCCACCGAAAUUUAUAUCCUACCUAACCCAAAGUGGGAGUGGAUCCAGGAAUCUCAACAAGGGGAAUCAAAUAGACUGUGCCGAGCUUGGCCCUUAAACUCACAAGUUAAAAUGUUUAUAUUGGUGACUAUUUAUACUUACUUCACUGUUACAUUCUCGCAGUUAGUUACUCUUAGGUGAUGAACUGCAUACUGGCCGUGGGUUGCCCCUGCCUGCUAUAAGGGUUUAGUAGAGGGGUUCAAUGGUACUGUACAGUAGUAUGAUACAGUACUCUGUUGUUUUGGUGUAAGGUGAGACAUUACUGUAAUAUGUGUGGCUGCCAAAAAUACUACAGUAGUGCCAUUCCAAUUGUUAUCUUUUAAAGUGUUCCCUAUUACAAAACUUUACCUGAGUUGGGAAGAUAGAUCACUAAAACCAAGUAUAUUUUUUUAUACAAUGAAGGUCACAAAGGUCACAUUUGGUAUGACACUAAAUUUUUGGGCCCAUAUGAAUGUGAAUGAAUUCAGUCAUUCAAUAUUUGUCUAAAUAUGAUAUAUAUCAUUGGCAUUUACAAAUGUGAUAUAAUACGCUUUAAAAGUAUAUACCAACCGCAUAAAGGUUAUAGGCAUAUAAAUUUGAAUAUAUUAUAAGGGUUAAUAAAGAGAAGUAAUAAA